AUGGAGAAAUCCAGGACUUGGCAGAAGUACGCUGCGAAGAGGGCGCAGCUGCGUAGCCGACAACAGGUCGGACUAGUGGAGCAGCACCCGGAGCUUUUUGCACCUCUGGAAACGGAUGUUAAUGAAGUCUACCUUUGGCAUGGCACCCACAUCCGGUCCGCUUUCGCCAUCGCGCAUGAAGAUUUCAAGAUGGGCAUGGCUGGAUCCAAUGGGACAAUGUAUGGGAAGGGCAUCUACUUCGCUGAGAACAGCACAAAGGCGGACGAGUAUGCGCGGGAUGAGCCCCACGGAUUCUACCAGGAUGUUUUUGCCCUGCUUCUCUGCCGCGUCUGCCUGGGAAAGUUCCUCUAUUCUGAGGAGCGCCUUGACACUGCAGGUGACAUGGCGGAAGCGGGGACCAUUGACAGUACAGUGGGUGACAGGACCCGCACAGCCAACACCUUCCGCGAGUUUGCCGCCUACCACCCCGACCAGGUUUACCCGGAGUACGUCGUCCUCUACUCUCGGCGCCCGAAGGCUGUUGCUCCAGAACCCUUCAAGUUCAGCCUUGCGCCGCUGCAUGCGCAGCUGCCCAUUUACUGGCAGCACUUCCAUGUGAACCCACAGGUUGACUCCUUUGAGGUGCAGUAUGGAGUGCGCCAUGCCUCUCGCGCUCUUUUGGAACAGUUGGCGCAGGCGUGCUACCCAGGCCGGGUUGGAGAUCCGGUCAUUUCAGCUCGCAGAAUUGAGAUGUCCAGCCUGUGGAACCGGUAUGUCCAGUUCAAGAAGAGGCUGCGGGACGAGUUAGAUGCCUCUGGAAGAUCUGCCUUUGCAUCUCCCGAACUCCUGGAGAGCCGUGGGUUGCAUGCUGGGCGCUGCAGCAGCACUCGCAGAGCCCACACAUUGCCUGCAGGCGUGGUGCAGACAACGAUCUCCGCAGACUCUUUGGAGGGAGACCUCCAGGAGCACCUCCUUUGGCACGGCACCUCUCGCAAGUCCGCAGAAGCCAUUGUCAGAGCUGACUUCCGCGUACCCAAGGACGUCAAGAACGGCGUGCGGUUUGGCUGCGGGUUGUAUUUUGCUGAAGAUGUGGGCAAGAGUUUGACUUAUGCGCCUGUCAACACCUCCAGUGAUGGACGGACGAACUCGCAGUUUCUGCUGCUUUGUCGCGUUCUUUGCGGACAGAUGCAUUACACGAGCGAGAGAUACGACCUGGAUGCUGUGACUUCGGCUCACAAGGUGGGCAAGCAUUCAGUCCUCGCGAAUCCUUUGCGAGAAGGGCCGCGCGAGGUCAUCAUCUGGCAUGCGAUGCAGGCAAGCUGUUACUACUCUUCGAUGGAAACGCUCUUGAUCAGAAACCUUGGUAGAUUUCAAAGCAUAUCUAGACCCCAAUCUAAUAUAAUCCUCAUUGGGACCCCCCCAAGACAAGGGACGCCUAAUUUUCGGAAGGCUCCACGUACAUCCCAGUUCUAG